UUAAAUUUAUUGAAAACGCGCCUCUUGCACUGCUGGCAUUGAAAUGUAAUGUCUGUCAUCUGUCAAAAUCAUGUGAUGUUGAUAACGUUGUUGAAUACUGUGAUUUUGGUGGUGGUUGAUAAAUAUUAUGAUUAAGUGAAUUUAUCCAGUGACAAAGCAGCCAGAGCAAACACGACGUUAUUAUGUCCUACCAGGACGAUGAAGAGAGUGUGCCCUACGAUGACCACCCAAAUUCAUUCCCUAAAAACUUUGGUUAUGGUCAGUAUGAGGGAGAGCAGGAUAAUAGUCUGUCCCCAACGGGUGAGCAAAAACCAAGGAUAUUGCUCAUGGGUUUAAGAAGGUCUGGGAAAUCAUCUAUACAAAAAGUUGUUUUCCACAAGAUGUCUCCCAAUGAAACAUUAUUCCUAGAGAGUACAAACAAAAUAGUAAAAGACAAUAUAAACAACUCUAGCUUUGUACAAUUUCAAAUCUGGGAUUUCCCGGGACAAAUAGAUUUUGUAGAUUCUGCUUUUGAUCCUCAUAUGAUCUUUGGUGGUUGCGGAGCAUUGAUUUUCGUUAUUGAUGUCCAGGAUGAUUAUUCUGAUGCUUUAUUGCAACUGCAUUCUACUGUUACCCAAGCUUACAAAACGAAUUCAAAUAUUAAGUUUGAGGUUUUCAUCCAUAAAGUGGAUGGAUUUGGAGAUGAUUCUAAGAUGGAAUCUCAAAGGAAUAUACAUCAAACUGCUACAGAAAGUUUAAUUGAUGCUGGAUAUGAUCAGAUCCACCUCAGCUUUCAUCUCACCUCUAUCUAUGAUCACUCAAUUUUUGAAGCGUUUUCCAAAGUUGUGCAAAAGUUGAUACCUCAGUUACCUGCUCUUGAAAACUUAUUAGAUAUCCUUAAUACUAACUCAGCAAUAGAAAAGUCAUUUCUGUUCGAUGUCGUAUCGAAAAUAUACAUUGCAACAGAUUCGACUCCGGUCGAUAUGCAGAGUUACGAACUCUGCUGUGAUAUGAUUGAUGUAGUGAUAGAUGUGUCGUAUAUUUACGGGGUGAGGGAAGAUCAAGAGGCGGCCUUCGAUGAGAAGAGCUCAAGCUUAAUCAAACUCAACAAUGGAACUGUCUUGUACCUGCGCGAGGUGAACAAAUUCUUGGCUCUAGUUUGUAUUUUAAGGGAAGAUAACUUUGAGCACAAAGGCAUAAUCGAUUACAAUUUUCUAUGCUUUCGGAAAGCCAUUCAGCAAGUGUUUGAGUUGAGAAAUAAGACUAACCAAAUGUUGAACAUGUGUAACGUUGCAUCAAGUCCGAUAAUGAAUGGAAACAAUCUGGUAGACGAUAAUAACGAAGAAAUUUUGAAUGAUGAAGACAAUUAACUAAUAUUUCCGUUUCUUUCUCCGCUUUAAGUUCAUCUAUAUUUUUUUUAAUUUCUCGCCAUAUGUACGUGUAUAUAUUUACAUCGUUCUUCUU